CCAAACCACAAGAGAAGUGUCAAGCAUGACUGCUGAAUGGAGCGUUGAGAACACUAAGAUUGUAUGUGAGUUGUUCGCCGACCAAGUGGACGCUGGAAAUAGGCCAGGCAAUUAUUUGACCCCAAAUGCAUUUGAUGAGGUGACAAGACAAUUUAAGAUGAGAACCGGGCUUGACUACACACACACGCAAUUGAAAAACAAAUGGGACAAGCUUAAAGCUGAUUUCACCUUGUUCAAGAAACUCAAGUUUCGGGAGACCGGAGCCGGAUGGGACUAUGUGAACAACACCGUGUCACAAGAUGAUGAGUGGUGGAAGAAGGCUAAAAUUGAUAUUAAAGGUUGUGGCAAGUUCAAGAAGAAAGGACUUGCUAAUGAAGAAAAGUUGCGGGUUAUUUUUGGAGAUAUCACAACCGAUGGUACUGACCAUUGGAAUCCCUCUUCUGGCAUACCUCCCCCCUCUAGUGCGGCAGUGAAAGAAUCCAACAAUGUUGAUGAGAUCGAGGAUCUUGAUUUGGAUGAUACAGAAGAACAAGCAUCUCAGGCAACACCUACUUCAUCUAAAGUGAGGCUUGGAAUCAUCAUUCCAGAGAAGAACAAGAAACCCAAGACUGCCCAAGUGAUGUGUGAGCAAGUUACAAGGAUUGGUGACAUUGCCGAGGCUUCUCACUCAUCAUUUCAGUCUUUCCUAAAGCAAGAUGAGGCGAAUUGUGUCACCUCGGUCAUGGAUGAAGUCAUUGCUUGUGGUGCAGCAGUUGAUACCGAUGAGUUCUUCAUGGCUAGUGAAUUGUUUGUGAAGAGGGCGCAAAGGGAGAUGUUUCUUUACAUGCCUCUUUCCUCCCGGAAGGGUUUGUUGCGUAGGAAGUAUGAGUUGAAGUAUGGGAAGUGGUUACUUCAGAUUCCAUCUAUGUGUGAUGGUUGA